CUGCCGCCGCCGUCGUGCACCUCCAGCGGUUUCUGUUCGGUAAUGGGGAUGCCCUUGACGAAAAUAAAAUUACCGAAGAAAACAGUCAGACGUUACCCAGCAUAUGAGCUCUAUCUCUAUGGAGAAGGAAAUUACGCUGAAGCAAACAAAAAUCUCAUAUUGACAGGAAUUCCAGUUCUCUUUCUUCCUGGAAAUGCUGGAAGUUACAAACAAGUGCGUUCUCUUGGCUCUAUUGCGCUUAGAAAAGCAGAAGAUGUUGACUUCAAGUACCAUUUUAAUUUCUUCAGUGUCAACUUUAACGAAGAAUUGGUUGCAUUGUAUGGUGGUAGUCUGCAGAGACAGACCAAAUUUGUGCACGAGUGCAUAAAAGUAAUUCUUGAGUUGUACAGGGAUCGAGAAUUUGCACCCACCAGUGUUGCAAUAAUAGGUCAUUCCAUGGGUGGUCUUGUUGCAAGAGCAUUGCUUACUUUGAAGAAUUUUAGGCCUGAACUUAUAAACCUCCUCAUUACACAAGCCACACCUCAUGUUGCACCAGUAAUGCCUUUAGACAAAUACCUUACCGAUUUUUAUACAGCUGUAAACAAUCAUUGGAUUCUAAAGGCCCAAGAUCUCAGAAAUUUAACUACCCUUUCUGUGGCGGGAGGAUUCAGAGAUUACCAAGUUCGUUCAGGACUGACUUUUCUGCCAAGAUUGAGUCAACAUGACAGUGCCUUAUCAGUUGUGAGCUCAGCAGUGCCUAGAGCUUGGGCCUCAACAGACCACCUCUCUAUAGUAUGGUGCAAAGAAUUGAUCCUGGCUAUGAUUAGAGCUUUUUUUGACCUCAUAGAUGAAAACACAAGGCAGAUAACUGAGGAUCCAAAGAAGAGAAUGUCAGUAUUGAAUCACCACUUUGUGAGACAUCCUGCAAAAAUGUUUGAGGAAAGUCCUGACGCUUUUACAGAACUCACAGGAGCUUUCACGUGGAUUAAAGUCAAAACAUCAAAAUGGACCUAUUCAGUUUACAAUGAUUCUAAUGGAAAGUAUUUCACAUUUCCCCUUGCAAGCCACAGAAAAUCCUAUAGUCACAUUUACUGUCAAAACAGUAUGUUGGACACGAGUAGCUGGAUUUAUGGCUGUAUAAACAGUAAUUCAUCUAUGUGCCUGGAAGCCACUGAUUUAUCCUGGAGAGCUGAGCUACUUCCAACUGUCAAGGUUGUAAUACUGAAACUUCAGGAUUAUCCUUCCUUGUCCCACGUUGUCAUUUAUGUACAACCUGCAGUUGGCAAUAAGUUUACUUUGGACUGUGAAUUCUUCAAAGAGGAUUCCAGAACAGUAUGGCUUCCUGUAACGCCUCUUUUUUCUUUUGGGCUUUCCUCAAGGAAAAUUCUAUUAAAUUCAACAGGCUUACUUUACAAUGUACAGCUCCAGCACUUUGACCACAUAUAUCAAGCUUUCAAAAUAUAUAUAGAGAGCCAUUGCCACUUACUCAAAGAAAGAAAACCUAGUGUUUACAGACUUCAUAUACCCUGGUCACAUGAAGACUCAGUAACUGUAGCUAAAGUUCCAUCUUUUACUGAGAUUUCUGCAAAACUGCAUGUUGCGCAGCCUGGAAAUGACAGCAGCGUUCCAGUGUUAAAUAUUUACUCUUCCUCAGACUGUCAGUAUGAAAUAAUUCUGAAGACAUCACUUUUACAGAUUCUUGGGCAAAUAAUAAGGUUCCAUGGCUGCUCUCUUCCUGUCUAUGUUGUUGCUAAUAUUCUUCUUACCUAUGGAGGCCAAUUAAGCACAUUGAUAUCAACAGGCCAGUGUUCAGAAUUUUCCCUUGAACUGGUUAGGUCAGCUAAACCGUACAAAGUAGACCCUGUUAUAAGCAUUGUUGUGUUUCUGCUGGGGUUUAACUGGUUUAGAGAGAUAUGGGAUUCACUGUCACUACCAGAGGUGGAUGCUGCUGUACUGAGUAGUCAGGAUGCAUGGUUCCCCCUUGUGUCCCUGAUUCUAUUUCUUUUUGGGGCAGGCAUUGCAUACUGGAGUGGUGUAUUUUUCUCUUCGUCUCUGAGACUCUUCUCUUCCUUAUGGUUAACUCUAAUAAGACCUUCUGUACUUCAAAAGGAUAACAAGCUGAUUACACCCAGAAGAGUGUGUGUGGUGGUGUCUCUUGCUUUGGUUAGCUGGACCACUUGUGGUGCAUUUACUAUAUUCAUUAUUUAUCUUCGAUAUGUGUUUAAGGUUAUUAAACUACAUGUAAGUGUAAGAGCAGAACAAAACACGCUUAAUGGGGAUUCAGAGCACUCAAAAGAAACUUCACAGAAUGCCAUUAAACACACAGUCAAAAAACAAAGUUCAGUAGAUGGUACAUCAGAAGCAACGCAGUUUCUCUGCAACAAUAGAACAAUUGCUGAAGAUGUCAGCACUCUUAGGAUGCAUGUUACAAUGCUCAAUUUAUUCACAUGGAUUGUGCUGCUCAACUUGCCAUCUUUAAUUUAUUGGUUAAAAAAUCUCAGGUACAAUAUUAGACUUGAUCCUGAUCCAUGUAGAUCUACAGCUAUUAUCCUUGUAUCAAUUUUAGAAAUUCUCAUGAAUUCAAGCACUUCUGAAGUGAAAUUAAGUAAACUCUUGAGGAUGGCAGCCAAAGUUCCACUCCCUUUGUCUGUUGCAAUGUUGGCCUUUGGGCGAACGCAUUUAUACAAAGUACCGCACUUCGUAACUUUUUCUCUUCUUCUCCAUGUACUGUGUUGUAUUGUGUAAUGUGUAUUUUACAUAUGAAGAAUGGUGCAGCCUAGAAACUAACACUGGAGACGGGGCAAGUUUCAACAAAGAAAAGCUUAGAUUUAUAUAAUCAAUAAAUAACAUGAUUUGGGAAAGAUGACAGAACUGUGAAUACUUUAUGAAAAGUUUAUGUUCUUUUCAUAAUGCUUAGAAAGCUUCUCAUGGUAUUUAUUUCCUGAUUGGAAAAAUUAAAGUGAAUUAUGUGCAUCUAACAUAUCAAUAUUCUAUUUGCCUUGCAGACACUUUUUAUAUUUCACUUUGUUGAAACAGACUUUUUUUACUCAGUAUGCUGGUACAGUGUGUAUGUUCAGAACUUGCUUCUUUUGCAGUUCUAAAGUAUGCUGGUUAAAACGUAAAACAAGUUUAAGCACACUGUGACUACCACAAAAACUACACCGCCAAGUAUACUUUUAACCCAUUUUAUGCUACAUUUAUAAGCUGCCACAGUUGUAUCUAGGUAAACUAGAACUGUACUGCUUCUACAGAACUGUUAUUUCUAGCAAAUUAUUUGUUCAAUCAGUGUUAGUUGAACAUUUGUGAGAUAAUUGAAAGUCUUACACGUUUUACUUUUUGUGAGAGUGAUAAUAAUGCUCUGUGUAGCUUUCUAUUCAGGAAAGUUACCAGCAGAUUCAUAAACAAUUUGCUAUAAUGUUGUUUUAAAACAUUGCCAGUUUUCUCUAGAAUGUUGUCAAUUCUGAAAUUAAUUCUUGGGGCUUAUCCGUAUGUAGAAGCUAGCAAAUGCUGAGGCAUGGUGCAAGUUUACAGUGCAGUUGCUAUGCUGUGCUUUGUUUCCAAGUAGACACGGCAGGGUUUCUUCCUGAGCAGGGUAAAUGGAGAAGCAACUGUCUUACAGCAAACGUCCACACAAGGAAUUAAUGUGGAAUAGCUGCAUUAUUGUAAAUUCAUGUCCUGCCUGUGCUAAAUUCCUUGUGUGGACAAACCCUUACUAAUAGUGAGAAAUAUUGACUGUAAUUAUUGGGUCUGUAUAAAGUAUUAUCUUAGUGCCUAGAUGCUACAGUGACUGCCUUUUAUAUUAAUGGUCAAAAUAGCUGUCUGUAAGGAAGUCUGUCCCCUGGAUAUGCAUUUGCUAACAAAAGAAAUUCCACUGACCAUUAGGUUAAAAUGAUCUGUAACUAUUAAAAAUGAUGUGUUGAUUCUGUGUAGAUAUGAGCUUCUGUGUUACUUCCUUCCAUGUUAGCUGUCUCCACCAUAUCUGAGGCACCUGUCGUCUUAGUACGGAAAUACUAGACCAGCUUAAUCAUCCUACAAUAUGGAUAGUAACAGGAAAUCUGCUGCUCACAAUCAAUUUAUAGUAUGUUCUUCAUAUACUAGUAGGGCUUGACCCAUUUAUUUUAUUGUAUCUCAUCAUUCUUGCCUGAAGUGCCUCAGUUCUAGCUUGUUUUUAGGGUCGACUCAUUUGAGCUGGUUGGGAAGACUUAACCAGUUCCUGCAGUGACCUUCCAAAAUGAAGGACGAAUGUGAAAUAAGCACUUAUUUUGUCACCUCAUAAGCAAGCCAGCAGUUCAAGCUAUCAGUAAGUCAUUAAAACUGCUUUAACUGAAUAAGAUUAUUGGUAGUUAAACCAAUGUCACUGUUAUCCGUUAUCUAUGUGCAGGUCUUCUAGUCUUAACAUUUUAUAUAAAAGGCUAGAUUGUGCAUAGUGUUUGUAAUCAGAAAAGCUGUCUGAAUAGAUUAUAUCUUGAUACCUUCCUUCUAACUAAAUGUAUGCUACAGUAUACGCAUAUGGGAUAACUUAUGUGUGUAUAUAUUUGUAGCUAAAAUCGAACAGUCCAUUUAACCUAAAAAUUACUAUUCCAACAUAGAAGAAUAGAGUAGAUUUUCUACUAUGCAGUGGCUGUUGGUGAAAGAUCAUGACAAAACUGCAUAGGGGCUGUGGUAAAAGGCCUUCUGUGAAAUGUGCAAGAUCUGAUUUCUGUAGAAGGUCAUUUCCUUGGCCUAUAUGGGUCCUUUUUGCUUACUGCUGUAUUGUUCUUCUAAUUUUGGUUUGCCAUCUUAAUUAGCUCUUUGUUCUAUGCGCGCAACCCCAUUUGUCUUAGUGAUUUUGUUGGAGCUGCAGGUGGAAUAAAAUAAUAGAAUAAGAAAAGUUAACAGUCUAAGCAUAUAGUAACUUUGACAGCUUUGAGAAAGACUUCCAAAAUUUGCCCCACUAUGAAACAUACUAAAUUGUAGCAGCAUAGAAGAACACCACAUUUUUCAUCUAUCAAUAUUUUUCUGAAGCCAGGGAUUGUGUUAAUACUUGUUAGCAUUCUUCCUUGAAACAGGUUAUAGAAUUUUGUGUAGUGAUUCCUACAUGACUUUCAAAUCUGAGGUAGGAAUAGAACAUACAUUUUCGGAAAUCCUGAGUCCAAAAUCCCAAAUGACAGGCUUUAUCACAUCUCCCUUGAUGCUCCUUUUUCCAGAGGUUACUUACCUUCAUUUGGCAGGGUGGGGGGUGGGGGGAAGUCUUAUUGCUAGUUUGAAUUUUCUAUGCUUCCUCUGUCAUUUACUAGAUGAAAACCUUGUUCUCAGAGAGGUGUGUCUGGAUUUUGUAGAUAGUGGUUGUGGACUGUCUGUCUUCAGUUGCUUGAGAGUUAGGCAUCUCCUCCCAACUAGACCCAUCGGUGCAUCUACUCUCAACUAGUGGGGGAGGGAGUGAAGAAUACAAGUCCAGAGAACAAUUCAUUCCACCCUAAGAGAUGAUGAAUGAUACGACCUGCCAUUCUGAAAAAGACUGGAUUUUAUAAAUGUCUAAAAUUGUCUUUCAGGUAAAUACAAGGAUUGUUUUUCUUCUUUUUGGAGAAGUUCCUGUCCUGCAAAUUUCUAGUUCUGCCCCCGUUCGCUAUUAUAAUCUCAGUAGAAAUGUAGGUUAACCCACUAUAAGAGCUUUUAAUUCACUGUAUGAGGAAGUUUAAACAUUAAUGAGGUAUCCUUUAUUAUGAGCAGACUGGAUUUAUAAAAAAGUUCUUUGGCAACUGGAAUGUCUCUUAAUAUCUUUAACUAAAUUAAAUUUGUAGUUUAUUCUUCUAAUUUUAGGCUAUCUAGACUAUAUGGGAGAAGAGGAGCAAGAUGCAAAUGAACUUGUGAUGGAUUAGAGGAACUGUGCUCUAUAAGGGAAGAUUUCUGUUAACAUGCAUUCCCCAAUUCCAUUGUUCUCUCCUUUUUCAGAAGUUGAGGUAUUAAUUUUGCCAAACUGCUGCUCUUCAUCCAUGUGGAUGUUCACCACAGUUAGAUGGAGGGUAUGCUGUCAAAACAAACGUUUUGUGGCUUGUACUUGCAAAUCCAUUCAAUGUAAGAAUUAUUUGUGUGGCUCUUUUCUACUAUUUUAUAAGCUUUCAGAAAGAGAAUAAAAAGCAGGAUAAGAACCUAGAGUACCAAAUAUUACUAGUUUUAAGUACAGCAUAUAUGUACAGCAAAAUCAGUGCUUUCUUAGUGGGUUUUACUGAGAACCUUUCAGUGACAUCUCCAUUGGUUGAAUUGCUCUUGAUCUCUAUAAUCGUUUCUGGUUGGUGUGAUUAACCAUGCAGGUUUUUUCCUAUGGUCUUAUCACACUGCAAUAGCACUAGCUACACAUAUAGUUAUCAGUUCAUAAUGAGUCUGUUUGGUAAAGGAAAAAGUGUUUCCUCUUGACCGAAUGUACCAAAUGUACCUUGAAACUGAAUGAAUAUUGUCCAAAGGUAGUAUUUUCGGUUCCCAUUUAAACGGGGGUUUCAGUUUGUCAUGUGUCAGCAUCAUCUUAAACGGGGAUUUUGUUUUUUGUUUUUCCAAGAAAAUUGCAAUAACAGGCUUUUCAGUUACUAUUAUUUUUAAUAUUUAGAGUUCUGCUCUGAUUUUUGAGUGAACUGAUACAUGUAACAAUUCAUUCUGAAAUAUUCAUUUGCAAAGUUAAAACAAAAGAAAACAAAGCCCAGCUGAAGAGAGUAAUUGUAAUACAUAGCAGAAGAAGCGGAGACUUCCUGUAUGUUUCUGCUUGAAACAAAACAAUGUUAAGUGAAGUUCUCAUCUAUAAACUAACUGGGUUACCUUUAAAGUCAGUGUUUAACAAAAAAAGUGUAUUCAUGCUUUUUAAAAAAAAGCAUUAUUACAUAGGUUGAUAUUUAGUUUUCCAUCUGUUUGCCUGUAACAAGCUUAUAAGCUUGUCACUCAGCCUUUUUCUGAAACCUGAUACAUCUGCUCUCUGAGCCCUGACAGGACAGAAUAAAGUUAAAUAUGUGCUUGUGAACAAAUGUAAACGUUUCAGAAGACUUUAUUUGAUCAAGCUUAGUUCAGUACAGUGAUGACAGAGUUCAGACAGACAGAGUUCAGUCUUACUUACACUGAAAAAAGAGAGCAGCCAUUUUAUAGACCUUCAAUACUCUAAUUUACUGGAAACGUUUUGUGGGGGGAAGGUUACAGUGUUUGUACAAUAAUUGUGCUGCUGUUUUAAGUCACUAAGCUACUAGAAAAAAGCCUAAAUUCUAUAAAUUUACUAGCCUAAGUUCUUAAAGUUUCUUCUACGUUUCACAAUGAAUUUUAGACAUUUAGUUUUCGUGUUUGGCUCUUUACGUUCCCUUGUGGAAAAUAGUUGAGGUAGCUUUUUAUAAACAGCACUGUACUAGAAAUGGUUUUAAAACUUUCAUCCCUGUUCCAUUAGGGGGAGAUAUACUUCUGUCACCAAAGCUACAUGCUACUCUUCUAUACCUCUGGAUAUGUUUGUUAAUUGUCAUUCAUUGGCAAACAGAUUGGUUUUUAUGUUAAAGUUAAAUGGUUUUUCUACUUUUUUUUUAGAGUUAGAACGUUAAGCUAGUAUUCAUAAUAAAGUAUUUAAAACCUCUGAAAGUUUAUUUGAAAACCUUUUACAAAUAUUUGUCUGACACAUUUUUGUUUAUGAAAGAAUGUAGUGAAGGCUUUUAAUCAGCUCAUUUAUCUUAAAAACUUAAAUAAAAUGUAUACAUUUUUAUCUGGUUAAUAGACAUUACUGCUUUUGUUUAAUAAAUUUGUAAGUGGUAGGGAAGAAAAUUCUAUAGCUUUUACUUAAGGAAAUCUGUCCAGGGCUUCAGCUCCUCAGGUAUCUAAGCGUGUACUUGCCUCAAGUAUGUGCUUACUGCAUUGUAACAUGGAAGCCUGAGUCAAAGCUGUGAUGUUUGGACCUUAACUUAGUUUAAGAUUUCCGGUUUCGUUCUGCAAUCUUGUAUGCAUACAGGUCUUGCAACUAAUCCUAUUACAAACAGGUCUUGUAAGUAUGGCUUCUCUGCAGUUACUGACUGACUGUGGUCUAGAUUCUGUAAGAAUCGGGACUAAUUAUGUGUCUAUAAAAGCCAACGGCACACAAAAAACAGUUCUUUUGUGAAUUAUUUUUCAUAAUACUAGUCUUCUGGCACAUCAUUCCAGCUCCUCCCUCUGUACAAAGUUAUCCUUGGUUUGCAGUGCCCUUCCCCUGUAAGACAAACAUAAUGCUCACAGUAAUAACCACUGUGACUGAUGCUGUGAAGAUGCACAGCCACAGUGCUGUAGACUGUUGUUCUAUUGAAGUUUUGCAUCUUUGAAAUACCAGCAAAGACUUUUUUCCUCCAACUUCUUAAGUAAUUUCAAGAUUUGUAUUAAGCAUCAAGCUGAAACUGCAAGUGUCUUGUUUUUUUUUUUUUUAAUGUUAAAUCGAUUAUUUUGGGAUUAAUUGGGCGUCAGUAUUUUCCAUUUAUGUCACUUAAGGAGGAGAAACAGUGUUUGAGACUUCAGUACCUGACAACUGAAAUUUUUUACAGAUGUUUAUGAGAAGUAGACAUGACAAGCAUAAUUAGAGCACCAGACCAAAAUCAAAAUGUGAUAUUAUUUCCUCACUGUGAUUUUAAACUUGUAGCUUUCUAGGGCAAAAAAAAAAAAAAAAAAUCUGUGCCUUACACCAGUAAAUUAAUACACUGUAACUGUAGCCUAUGGACUUCAGUGGCCUUAUAUUUCACUUUGAAAGUCCAUUUGAGAAUGACCAAAAAUAUUGUUGUGGAUCAUACUGAAACUUGAUUUGGGGAAAAUAUUUAAAAAAAAAAAAAAAGAAAAAAGACCCUCUUUACCAACAGUAAUAUUUACAGAAAUUAAGCAUUUACAGAAUGAAGAUUUCUGAGAAGUACAGUACAUUUGCAGGUUGGAAUCACACCAACCAAAGUCAGAAAGCUUUAGCUGACCUUAAUUUUUCAAGUCUUUGUAUUGUGACAAAAAGAAAAAUAUGAAGUCUCAGAUAUGUCUCACCUUUUAAUGUCUGUCAAAAUCUCAUUUAUUUUAUUCUUCAGUUUCUUCAGAAUUAAAAAAAAAAAAUCCUCUAAUUGUAGCUCAAGUGAAAUAUUGUUGAGCAGCGGUAUCUAGGCCUUGAUGAAAGAAAAAAGCCAGGAUGUUUUUUUGGUUGGUUGGUUUGGUUUAGUUUGCGAGAGAGUUUUAAGCUCCAGAAGUUUUGAAUAGCGAAUUUCACUUUUUAAGAAAAAUAGUUUCAUAAAAAAAAUGAAACUUUUUAAAAAUAGAUGUAUGCACUUUUUUCUUCUCUCUUCUUUAGAGAAAAUCAGAAAUAGUGAAGAUCCUGAAAUCUUGCCUUGUUAUAGUAAAAGAUUUCCGUAUGUAUAAUUUUUAAUACGAAGAGUUUAGGGAAAGCCACCUCUGGCUUAAAUGAUGUCUCCCUGUAGGAUUCUUUAUAUGUCUUGAACAAAAACCCAGAAAUUCUGACUUUAUUUUUUCAGUGUAAGUAGUAACAUUGGAUCUUGAAUAAAGAUGUCAUGUCUUAAAGCUUAUCGUUGGACCCUGGAUGUUUAGACAUGCACAUGAAAUGACUGCACGUCAGCAGAUCCCAGCAGUUGUUUAAAGCAACGCAAAUCAAAGUUACUAAUCUUCUUUUAUUGAGAAUUAAGUUGAAUCUGACUGCCACAACUCUGCUGAUGCCAUCGCACAGCAGAUAACAUGCAACUUGUUUAAGUCUUCCCUGCUACUUCCUUCUUUAUGUUAAUUUCGGUCUUAAAACUCUUGGUCACCUAACUUUUACUCUUCUUGGUUUUGUGAUUAUGUUAUUUCAGAAAUCCUAGUUAUUGUUGACUUCCUGGCUAGACAAUACUAGUAUUAAAAUCAGUGAGAGUGCAGAACCGCCUUUAUAUAUCCUGAUGAAUCUAGAAAAAAUGUGCAGGCCUAGUAACUUCAUUCCUUAGUUACUUUUUAAUUGUUUUUCCCAGCACCAAAGCAGUAUAAUGUUGGGCAAAAUACCUAUUUAAAAUGUAUGAGGGCGGAUGUUUGCUUUUUUGUGGGAGAUAAGAGGAAUUGGGUUUUUUGCUUUGUUUGUUUUAUAAUAUGAAGAGGGCUUAAAACUUUGAAGAACGCAUACGUAACCUUUGGAAAAUCUAUCACUUAACGAGCAACUCAUCUGACUUUUUAACUCUUCCUGCUUUGAGUUCUGGUAUAGCUAGUGUAAGUCUGGUGUGUUAGGUGGAGCUAACUCUAACAGUUACAGGUCUAUAGAGAUAUUGACAGGGUCUUAUCUAUUAAAUGUUUGAAUGCUGCUGUAAUAAAUUAGCAUGCUUAUUAAAACUUCUAUAAGUGAAUUCUCAGAUACAGUUCAUGCAAUGUAUGAUAAGCUUCAGCAAAGUCCUGGUUUUGUGAGAUGCUGAGAAAACCUUGGAGAAUGGCUAUCUUUGACUACUGUUUGCAUUACUGAAAGCUGAAUUCUCAGAAUUCAAAACUGUGCUCUUAAGUAUUGAUUUUUUUGUUGUUGUUGUUGAAGAUGAGGGCAACUUAAUUGGGGGCCAGACUGGGACUUUCUUUUUUUUUUUGUUUGAUGGUUUCCCUGUCUGCAAUGUAUACGUCACUUUUUUUUUUAUAUAAAUGCACGUGACUUGUACGCUGUAUAGCAUAUGCUGUGCUAAAUAAACACUUGUGUAUGUUUCUGUA